UUCCACUGUUUUCUUCCGGAACAAAAAUGGCUUCUCUUGACAGGGUGAAAGUACUAGUUUUAGGAGAUUCUGGGGUGGGCAAAUCUUCCUUGGUCCAUCUGCUAUGUCAGAAUCAGGUGUUAGGAAAUCCAUCAUGGACCGUUGGUUGCUCCGUGGAUGUACGGGUCCAAGACUAUAAGGAGGGAACCCCGGAGGAGAAAACCUACUACAUUGAACUCUGGGAUGUCGGAGGAUCCAUUGGCAGUGCCAGCAGUGUCAAAAGCACCAGAGCCGUCUUCUACAAUUCUGUUAACGGAAUUAUGUUGGUACACGAUUUAACAAAUAAGAAAUCCUCUCAGAAUCUUUACCGCUGGUCACUAGAAGCUUUGAACAAGGAUUCUUCUCCAACAGGAGUUAUUGUCUCAAAUGGUGACUAUGAUAGAGAGCAGUUUGCUGAGAACCCGGUGCCUUUGCUGCUGAUUGGCACAAAGUUUGACCAGAUCCCAGAGAACAAACGCAAUGAAGUCCUCACCAGGACGGCCUUCCUGUCUGAAGACUUCAAUGCGGAGGAGAUCAAUCUCGACUGCACCAACCCGAGGUAUCUUGCUGCAGGCACGUCAAAUGCAGUGAAACUUAGCAGGUUUUUUGACAAGGUUAUAGAGAAGAGAUAUUUCACAAGAGAUCCAAGUCAGAUGACGGGUUUCACGGACAGAAAACGGUUCAACUUCAAAAGUUUGCACUAUGAAUGACAACAGUGGUCUGUGGUUUUGACCAUGAUGCCUUUGGGCUUUUACACCACGAGUAAACCAUCACACUCAUUGACGUACUCUCUAUACCUGCACCCCCUGCUCCUCUGCCCACUGUUUUUUUCUUUUUUUGUCUUCUUUAUACAAAACCCUCUGAACACUUUUUCAUCUGAUAUUGUAGUUAAACACACUUUAGAAAUGAAAAGACAUGCUUCAGGAAGAUUAUGUGAAAGGACAUGCUAUACAUGUAAAGUAUUUAGUUUUUAAUUCCAGACCUUUUCAAUACAAUCUGCAAAACAGUCACAUACAUGUAGUAGCUACAUGAAUUCUUUUUUUUUUUUUUUUU